UAGGGAAUGAGAGAGAAUAUGUGGAGUUUACAGGGUCACACCGACAGACGAAAUUACUGACAUUCGGUGAAUUCAUUGGAGCUGGGCAGUGAGGGACAUUGACAGUGAUGGGAUCUACGAUCAGUGAAUUACUGAAGGGUUUAAUGUUCCCUGAAAUAUCCGGGUGAGAGAAAUGCCCUCAGACGGACAAUUUUAAUCACAAUGUUCAUCAAUUUGUCUGUUUGUGUUUAGACUGAACGAUAAUAAACUGGGGGAUUCAGGAGUGAAACUGGUGUCUGCGGCUCUGAGGAACCCGGAGUGUAAAAUACAGAGACUGUGGCUGGACAAUGUCGGUCUCACAGAUUCUGGUGCCGAGGAUCUCGUCUCCGCUCUCAGUACAAACCCAUCACUGACGGGGCUGGACCUGAGUGGUAAUAAACUGGGAGAUUCAGGAGUGAAACUGGUGUCUGCGGCUCUGAGGAACCCGGAGUGUAAAAUACAGAGACUGUGGCUGUGGGAUGUCGGUCUCACAGAUUCUGGUGCCGAGGAUCUCGUCUCCGCUCUCAGUACAAACCCAUCACUGAUGGAUCUGAACCUGAGUGGUAAUAAACUGGGAGAUUCAGGAGUGAAACUGGUGUCUGCGGCUCUGAGGAACCCGGAGUGUAAAAUACAGAAACUGUGGCUGUGGGAUGUCGGUCUCACAGAUUCUGGUGCCGAGGAUCUCGUCUCCGCUCUCAGUACAAACACUUCAGUGACGGAUCUGAACCUGAGUGGUAAUAAACUGGGGGAUUCAGGAGUGAAACUGGUGUCUGCGGCUCUGAGGAACCCGGAGUGUAAAAUACAGACACUGUGGCUGAGGGAUGUCGGUCUCACAGAUUCUGGGGCCGAGGAUCUCGUCUCCACUCUCAGUACAAACCCAUCACUGACGGAUCUGGACCUGAGAUCAAACUCUCUGACAGACCGAUCUGUCCCCGCUCUCCGCCGCCUCAUACUGACCCUCCCGAGUCUGGAGCGGAUCUGGCUGUGGGGGAAUCGGUUCAGUGGGACCGGGAUGAAGGAACUGAGAUCUCUACAGGGAUUCAGACCCGGACUGAUGGUGGAUCUGAACAUCUGAAUGUGGUGAAUCGGUUCAGUGAGACCGGGAUGAAGGAACUGAGAUCUCUACAGGAACCCAGACCCGGACUGAUGGUGGAUCUGUGAACAUCUGAAUGCGGGGAAUCGGUUCAGUGAGACCGGGAUGAAGGAACUGAGAUCUCUACAGGAACCCAGACCCGGACUGAGAGUGAUCCUGUGAACAUCUGAAUGUGGUGAAUCGGUUCAGUGAGACCGGGAUGAAGGAACUGAGAUCUCUACAGGGACCCAGACCCGGACUGAUGGUGGAUCUGUGAACAUCUGAAUGUGGUGAAUCGGUUCAGUGAGACCGGGAUGAAGGAACUGAGAUCUCUACAGGAACCCAGACCCGGACUGAUGGUGGAUCUGUGAACAUCUGAAUGUGGUGAAUCGGUUCAGUGAGACCGGGAUGAAGGAACUGAGAUCUCUACAGGAACCCAGACCCGGACUGAUGGUGGAUCUGUGAACAUCUGAAUGUGGGGAAUCGGUUCAGUGAGACCGGGAUGAAGGAACUGAGAUCUCUACAGGAACCCAGACCCGGACUGAUGGUGGAUCUGUGAACAUCUGAAUGUGGGGAAUCGGUUCAGUGAGACCGGGAUGAAGGAACUGAGAUCUCUACAGGAACCCAGACCCGGACUGAUGGUGGAUCUGUGAACAUCUGAAUGUGGGGAAUCGGUUCAGUGAGACCGGGAUGAAGGAACUGAGAUCUCUACAGGAACCCAGACCCGGACUGAUGGUGGAUCUGUGAACAUCUGAAUGUGGGGAAUCGGUUCAGUGAGACCGGGAUGAAGGAACUGAGAUCUCUACAGGAACCCAGACCCGGACUGAGAGUGGAUCUGUGAACAUCUGAAUGUGGAGAAUCGGUUCAGUGAGACCGGGAUGAAGGAACUGAGAUCUCUACAGGAACCCAGACCCGGACUGAAAGUGGAUCUGUGAACAUCUGAAUGUGGGGAAUCGGUUCAGUGAGACCGGGAUGAAGGAACUGAGAUCUCUACAGGAACCCAGACCCGGACUGAGAGUGGAUCUGUGAACAUCUGAAUGUGGUGAAUCGGUUCAGUGAGACCGGGAUGAAGGAACUGAGAUCUCUACAGGAACCCAGACCCGGACUGAUGGUGGAUCUGUGAACAUCUGAAUGUGGUGAAUCGGUUCAGUGAGACCGGGAUGAAGGAACUGAGAUCUCUACAGGAACCCAGACCCGGACUGAUGGUGGAUCUGUGAACAUCUGAAUGUGGUGAAUCGGUUCAGUGAGACCGGGAUGAAGGAACAGAGAUCUCUACAGGAACCCAGACCCGGACUGAUGGUGGAUCUGAAUGUGUGAACAUCCCCGCCCGCGGGAUGGGGACAUUUGGCCGACUCCCCGCCCUCCCCUUUAACUCCCGCCCUUACCUUUAACGGCCGCGCGCCGGGGCUGAUUCCCAACGGUUUUAACGGAACCGGCUCGGGCCUCGCGCUGUGUGCGUCGCUCGCAGCGGUCCCGCAGUGACGUGUUUCCGCCUGUUGUCCGGCGGGGCAGCAUCCGCCGGAAGUGCGUGUUGGAGACGCCCCACGUGACUCCCCGGGGAAUUACCCGGACAGGAAGAGCCCGGGGUCCGGGGCUCAGUCUGGGACACCGGUGUCCCGGGGUGGGGGGGAUGGUCCCGGGAGAGAAUCCUUUUGCCCCCUUUGCUGAGGACGGUGCAUUCGGCAGCCUGGCCGAUAUAAUGAUGUUAAAUGGACAAAUCCCUCGGCAGUGACCCUGGAUCUGCAGCGAUCCCGGACACGGCCCCGAAGUGUGAUUUUAUAAUCAGUUUUAUAAUUUUAUAAUCAGUUCCCCGAUGCAGAGUGACGGUGAGCAACGGGACUGGUUAUUAUUCAACCGGUCACCCCUUGUCGCCGGUCAGUUAAUUGUGUGUGACUGUCAGCAGAUUAUUUAUUCCCGCACGUUAGCAGCUCACACAUUGUUUCAUUGAUAUAUCUCAUAAAAAAUCAAUAAACCACUGAUCUUCCUGU